AUGAUUGCAAUCGAAUCAGAGCAAUCCGUAUCCAAAGAGGAAGUCAUGUCCAAGGUAGAGCCUACUAGUUCACAAAGGACUCUCACACGGUCCAGUGCUGUUAGUCAAAAAUCUGUAGAUCUAGUUGUCCACCCGGAAAGUUCGAAUAAUCCGUUGCACAGAUCAAAAUUAGCGCCCAGUCGAUCCUCUUCAGAGUCGUCGUCGGGAAAGAAAAUGCUUAAUUUGAGAAAAACUAAGAAUUCCUCAAUAGAAUCCACAAUGAGCUUGCCGAAUCAGAAGUCUUUGGAGAAGAAACACGGUAGCCUGCGACAUCAGAAGUCGGUUGGCGCUCAUUCAGACGUUACAUUGAGCACACAAACCUCAAUGUCGGAUGACAGGAAGGCUCUCAGGGAGGCACUGUAUCAGGGUAUAUUUCAUAGACACAGAAGGACGAUUUUCGCCGUAGGCUCCUUCCUCCGAAUGCUUAAAAGCAAAACGUCCAAUUAUGACUCUAUAAGGUCAGACUCAGACGAGAUAUAG